GCGAGUUGCAAAGCUUUCUCUUACUCGCCAGAGACGGCUAAAGCCCGAGCAACUUGGCUGCUGCUGAAGCACGGGCAAGUCAGCGGAAAGGCUACCUGGAUUUUACAGCGCGCGAGCGGCAGUGUGGCGAUGCGGAAUUAGGUGGCCGUUUGUUUUCCCGGGCAGGCAGCGGUGAACGGGGAUUGCAAUUUGAAUGACACGACAUUUUGUUUUUGUUUUUCAAUAACAAUCAGUUAAAAAUAAUUCUUCUUCAUAUUGCUCUCCGCUUUGCAUUAUUUAUUAUCCUCAGAUCUGUACAAAUUACAUGUUUUCCUCGGAGCGCGCGCCGGUCACGGAUCCGAAGAGUUGUUGACGUUGUUGUUUCCACUGAUUUUUUUUUUUUUUUUUUUUUUUGAAAAGUGGGUACUAUUUCGGUUAUCACGGGAUCAGAUUAUCUUUUUUUGAGAGAAUAAAAAUGGACGUGUUGGCGAAUUACAGUAUCUUUCAGGAACUUCAGCUUGUCCACGACACGGGCUACUUCUCGGCGAUGCCGUCGCUGGAGGAGAACUGGCAGCAGACGUGUCUGGAGCUGGAGCGGUAUCUACAGACAGAGCCCAAGCGACUGUCCGACCUCUUUGAUGAGGAUCUGGACUGCCUGCUGACGCCAGGUUUCAUGAAGGGGGACAGUGACGAGGACCUGAUGGAUCCACUGCUUCCCAGCCUGUCAGAUCAGCCCAGUCCACCGCCGCUGCUCGUGUCUCUGCCCAAAAACCUUCAUACUCCAGCCAGCAGUAAGACUGUUGAGGCAGGAGUGAAAGAGGGCAACGGGGGCGUCCACCCAGCACAGCUGAGCGCCGUCACCUCACUAACGCCACCUUCCUCACCAGAACUGGGCCGGCACCUAGUCAAGCCAACACAGACCCUCACCGCCACACCUGAUGGCACACUCACACUCAAGUUGGUCGCAAAGAAGGUGGGGCUAGCCACCGCCAAGUUGGUGGCAACGCAGUCAUUGCCUUCACCACCGGCCCGGGGAGCGCAGAGCGAUGGAGAAGGAGGUUUGGGAUCAGCAGGAAUCGGUGACAUCCCAGAGAACAAGAAAAGGGUCCAUCGCUGCCAGUUCAAUGGCUGCAGGAAGGUUUACACAAAGAGUUCCCACUUAAAGGCACACCAGAGGACACACACAGGUGAGAAGCCGUACAAAUGCUCCUGGGAAGGCUGUGAGUGGCGCUUUGCCCGCAGCGACGAGCUGACUCGGCACUACCGCAAGCACACCGGCGCCAAGCCCUUCAAGUGUAACCACUGCGACAGGUGUUUCUCUAGGUCUGACCAUUUGGCUCUGCACAUGAAGAGGCACAUUUGAGGAGAGAAGGGAAACGAAAGUGAAGGAGAGGGAGAGAAAGAGAGAGAGAGAGAGAGAGAGAGAGAAAAAGAAAGAGAGAGAGAGAAGGGGGAGAGGGAAAGAACGUCUAAGGUGAAGUGCCCCGUCCAGAGAUGAAGACUCCUGUGGAGACCUCAAAAACCAAGCCUGAAGGAAACGGAGGCUAAUACAAAGAACACACGAGGCAACGAGAUCAUGAGAGCAGAGCUUGCUGGAUUCUUCACUUCUUGACAGUUUUCAAAAUAUAUAUAUAUAUAAAUAUAUAUAAAAUCAUGCCAUUUUCUCAUUUUUUUGAUCAGUUCCAUAGCUCAAGCUCCUAGCUUGGGAAUCAGACACUGCCAAACGAUAGCUGUUUUUUCCCGCACUAUUACUCUUCUUUGUACAGUAAAUCAUAAGGAUGG